UGGAACUUGGAACUGGAAUGAAAACAGUUUUUACCAAGUACGGGUUCCGCGAACGGGCGUGGGGAUAUUUCCUAAAUUCGUUUCCCAAAGCCACAAGCCCUCAAUACAAUCUAUCCCGCAAUCUCACCAAAAACCCUAGCUCCUUCUGCUUUCUCCCUUCCUUUCUUCCAUGGAAUCCGUCGUCGAGGAAGCUACGAACCCACAGUUCCAUCUCUCAGAUCCCUCCCCUCCGCCGGAAAACCUGGCCCUGGACACUGCCGAGCCGCCUUCUCCUGAAAACCCGCCCCAAUCUCACGACGCGUAUCCCGCUGCCAUAGGCAAUAAUGGCCAGAUCGAGUUCCCGAAGCCUAGGCUCGACUUCACCAAGCCUCUCCUAUCUGAGAAUGGCCUCGCCAACACCAACAGCGGCGACAGGGACUUCUCCGGCGGUGAAGAGGAGACGACGAGCCGUCGCAAGCGGAGGAGCCGCUGGGACCCGCAGCCGGACGGCAGCGGGGGAAAUCAGGCGGCGGAUGGAGGCGGGAGCAAUAACGGUAGCAGUAACAAUAAUAAUAAUGAAGCCGGGAGUGGCACUCGGAAGAGGAAGUCGAGGUGGGCGGAUGAUGAGCCCAAGCCUGUGAUUCAGCUCCCAGAUUUUAUGAAGGAUUUCACCGGAGGUAUUGAAUUCGACCCCGAAAUCCAGGCUUUGAAUGCUAGGCUUCUCGAGAUUAGCAGGAUGUUACAGUCUGGUACGUCUCAGUCUGGUUUGCCUUUGGAUGAUAGACCUGAAGGAGCUAGGUCUCCUUCUCCUGAACCAAUUUAUGAUAACAUGGGAAUUAGGAUUAAUACUAGAGAGUAUAGGGCCAGGGAGAGAUUGAACAAAGAGAGGCAGGAGAUCAUUUCACAGAUCAUCAAGAAGAAUCCUGCGUUUAAGCCUCCUGCUGACUACAGGCCCCCAAAGCUUCACAAGAAGCUCUACAUCCCGAUGAAGGAGUACCCAGGGUAUAACUUUAUUGGAUUGAUUAUUGGACCUAGAGGCAACACGCAGAAAAGAAUGGAGAGGGAAACCGGUGCUAAGAUUGUAAUUCGAGGGAAAGGGUCGGUGAAGGAGGGCAGGUUGCAGCAGAAGAGGGAUUUAAAGCCGGAUCCGUCUGAGAAUGAAGAUUUGCAUGUUUUGGUUGAGGCAGAUACUCAGGAUGCCUUGGAUGCUGCUGCUGGCAUGGUCGAGAAGCUGUUGCAGCCGGUUGAUGAGGUUCUGAAUGAGCAUAAGAGGCAGCAGCUUAGGGAACUAGCUGCUUUGAACGGGACAAUUAGGGAUGAAGAGUAUUGCCGGUUGUGCGGUGAGCCUGGACACAGGCAGUAUGCUUGUCCAUCCCGGACUACAACAUUUAAGAGUGAUGUGCUCUGUAAGAUUUGUGGUGAUGGUGGACAUCCUACUAUUGAUUGUCCUGUUAAGGGAACAACUGGGAAGAAAAUGGACGAUGAAUACCAAAACUUCUUGGCGGAACUGGGUGGGACUAUGCCUGAGUCCUCGAAUAAACAAACUGCCACCUUGGCUUUGGGGUCAAGUGGAUCUGGAAGCAAUCCUCCAUGGGCUAGCAACACUGGCGGUAUUGGCAGUGCGAAUCAAGCUGGACUAGGAGCCAGUGAUGGUAAAUCGACGAAGGAAUAUGAUGAUACCAAUCUUUACAUUGGCUACUUGCCUCCUACUUUUGAUGAUGAUCGUUUGAUCCAGUUAUUCUCUGCAUACGGUGAGAUUGUAAUGGCAAAGGUAAUCAAGGAUCGGGUUACUGGGUUGAGUAAAGGGUAUGGUUUUGUCAAGUAUCGUGAUGUUCAAAUGGCUAAUUCGGCAACUACUGGCAUGAAUGGAGCUCGUGUUGAAGGUCGGACCAUUGCUGUGAGGGUUGCAGGUAAGCCUCCUCAGCCUAGUGUUCCUCCUGGCCCUCCUGCAUCCAGCAUGCCCACAUACCCUGUCUCAAGUCAACCAGUUGGUGCCUAUCCAUCCCAGCAGUUCACCCCUGGUGGUCCUCUUCCACCUGCUCCUCCAGGAAACUAUGCUGCUCCUCAUCCAAGCUAUGGAGGGCCUCCUGUUCCUUGGGGACCACCUGUUCCGUCUCCCUAUGCUCAUUAUCCUCCACCUCCUCCUGGUUCAAACAUGUAUCCUCCUCCUCCACCUCCUCCUGGACACCCAAUGGCACCUUAUGGCAUGCAAUAUCCUCCACCGGUGCCUCCGGCUCCCGGUGCUCCUAGUCCAACUGUGACUUCUGAAGCUCAACAAAGUUACCCACCAGGUGUCCCAUCGGAGAACCACACUUCUGCUCCGCCACCUGCAUCAUCUAACAUCUAUGGGAAUGUUCCACCAAUGCAACCAGUUUACGCAACUGCUUCUCUAGGUUACUCAUCAUAUUAUAGUGCAGUUCCUCCUCCUCCGGCUGCGCCUAUGCCAACAACUGAUCACUCCCAGGGGAUGAGCAAUUUACCUUGGGCACCGAAUCCACCACAACCACCACUUCCAGGAGCUUCCACUGGAGAGAAAACGAACUAUGGAGCUGAUGCUGAGUAUGAAAAGUUCAUGGCAGAGAUGAAAUGAUGGGUCUUUUUGUGUUACUGGUACCUAUUUGUCAAGAGGCCUGAUGUUUCUUGGAGCAACCUGAUUUCUUACAUCUUGCCAUGACUUUGACGUUUGGGACUCACAUCUUUAACCUUGCUGUACUGUUAUGACAUUUGCAGAGAUUUGGGCUGCUAGUUCAAUCCACAGCCUCCCAUAUCAGGGACCCAUCGGAAUUUUGUUGAUGUUCCUCACUGUUUUUGUAGGACUUAAUCGUUAUAUUCUAGUGGAUAAUGGUGCUUUGAUAUUAUGUUUUCAUUUGCUAAUCUUUCCCUUAGUGCCUCAUUUCAAAAUUAUUAUGGAAAUUGGAGACAGGUAUCCUACUGUUGUGUUUUUGUCCUACAGGUUGUUUUCAUUUGGACUCUGAUCUGUGUCAUACUUCCUGUGUUAAGCUCUCAAUAUUUUGUUUUCUUACUGCUCCCAACUUUUCUUGGGCUUUGCAUUCCUUCGAGGCAUUCGAAGGUAUAUAAGCAUUCCCUGGAAUGUGAAGUUAUUUUGGGUAGGUUGGAGAAGCUGCUGCUGCUGCUACUGAUAUAUAUAUAUCUAUGUCUUCAUGUUAUAUUUGGUCAUGGUGCGCUACCUUUGCAUGGUACUUUCUUUCAAUCUACACUGACGAUUCCUUACCGGAAUGUUGAGGUGAUUCUUAUUUCGGUAGGUUCAAAUGGCACUGCUACAGGGGUGUUUGUGGUGUGUGUUAUACUGGAACUCAUUGUCUGGUGCAUUCUCCUGAAACGUGUUAGACGAAUUAGGUGUUUGUUUAGGGUAGUGAUCAAGUUCUUUUGGGCAGAGCUUAAAGCUCUUUUUCUAGUCGGGGGUAACUUAACCUCGAGUUGCAGGUCCUUUCUCAGUGGAUUCAGCCGGCAAAGAAGAUGAUGCAGCUUGGGAAAAUAUUGGGUCAUUGCGUUUUUUUCUUCUUGAUAUUUUCUGACCCUCUUUUCUAACCCCUUGUAUAUGUGAGCUGGUCAGGGAUUGUUGAAAACGGGUGAGGGAAUUUGUUGCCAAGCAAAGACUCUCUCUGAACUUUGUCAAAGGAGAUUCUGGGGUUGGCUAUCGGCUAUUAGUGUUAUUCGUGAAAUGUGUUGUCACGGAGAGUUAGGGUUCCCUUUCUCCAAUGGAACACGGUAAAUGACAUUGGUGGCACUUAUAAAAUAGGAUGAUCACUGUGAACUGGAACUGCUGUAAAUGAGUGUUCUUCAUUUUGAAUUGUCGUCCUACGAUCUUAAUCGAGUUAUGAAAUAGCCCUACUGUUCAAGGGUUUGCGACUGCCUUUUUGCUGGAACGUGAACUCGGUAGCAUAUGUGCCCUUGAUUUGCUUGGUUUCUCAUUUGCUUCUGUUGUGUGUUUGAUUGCGUUUAUGCCUCUGGUGCUUGUGUUCGGAUUGGCCUUGGUAGCUAUUGCUACCU